AUGGGUGUCUUCACUUACGAAUCUGAGUUCACCUCUGUCAUUCCACCAGCUAGGUUGUUCAAGGCCUUUGUCCUUGACGCCGACAACCUCAUUCCCCAAGAUUUCUCCCAAGCUGUUAAGAGCAAGAGUGCUGAGAUUCUUGAAGGUGAUGGAGGAGUUGGAACCAUCAAGAAGAUCAACCUCGGUGAAGGAAGUGAAUACAACUAUGUGAAGCAUCAGAUUGAUGGAAUUGACAAAGACAACUUUGUGUAUAAGUACAGCAUGAUUGAUGGAGAUGCUAUCUCGGACAAAAUUGAGAAGGUCUCCUACGAGACUAAAGCCUAG